AUGAUAAAAUGCCGGCCAGACUUUAUCAAAAAGGAUUUAAAGAGUGUAUUGGUUGAAUCAGAAGUUAAUUUGGAUGGUGGUUAUAUUGAUGAUGAUGAGAAUAUGGAAUUGGAAAGCCAUAAAGAUUGA